GGAGCUGCGUGCGCUUCAGUCUCUCCUCUCUUUAAGAAAUCCUCUCACUAACUGCAUCCUUCCGAGUGCGCAAAGACGAGUCCUGGCUCGGUCACCCUUACCACGGCGGGACCGAUGUUGAAUGUGCGCACCGGCGUUUCUCGAAAAUGUGCCCGUCCUCUGGAUCCAAGCCGAGUCCGGGUUCUCUCACCGAGGCUGGGAAACUCUUCCUGAAACACACAACCCUGCACGGCUUACGGCACAUCUUCCUCAGCGGCUCGUACCCACGGAGAGUGGCGUGGCUUCUUGCGUUCUUGGCGGCCGUGGCUCUGUUCUUCGCCUGGUCCUCCAACAGAGUGCGGUACCUGCUCUCUUCGCCCAUGUACACCAAGGCGCACAUGGUUUACGCCAAGCGGCUGGUUUUCCCCGCCGUCACCAUCUGCAACCAGAACCUGCUGCUUCCUCGACGCAUGAAGAAGACGGACAUAUUCACGUCCGGGAGGUGGCUGGGGCUGCUGGAGAAGGAACCUGACUCGCCCAACUUGCAGGUCUCCCCCGCUGCGAAAGAGGCGCUUCUGGCUCUGCUGGGUGACGGCGGAGAGAGCGCGGGCAGCGAGCCGCCGUGGCUGUCGCGGAUUUUAGACUUCAAAAACUUCCUUCCUCCUCCUUUGGAGUCCCAGCCGAGUAUGAAGGAGCUGCUGGACCGGCUGGGACACCAGCUGGAGGAGAUGCUGCUGUACUGUCGGUACCAGGGAGAGCCCUGCGGGCCGCGUAAUUUCAGCAUUAUAUUUACACGCUACGGGAAAUGCUACACAUUUAAUUCAGGCCAAGAUGGACGACCCCUCCUGGUGACGAUGAAGGGCGGAACGGGCAACGGCCUGGAGCUGAUGUUGGACAUCCAGCAGGAUGAAUACCUGCCUGUGUGGGGAGAGACUGAUGAGACAUCAUUUGAAGCUGGGAUCAAGGUUCAGAUCCACACCCAGGACGAGCCGCCGUUCAUAGACCAGCUGGGCUUCGGAGUGGCUCCAGGAUUCCAGACCUUUGUUUCCUGUCAAGAACAACGGCUGACGUACCUGCCUCCACCGUGGGGCGACUGCAAGUCCACGGCGAUGGACUCUGACUUCUUCAGCAGUUACAGCAUCACUGCCUGCAGAAUUGACUGCGAAACGCGAUACUUGGUCGAGAACUGCAAUUGCAGGAUGGUUCACAUGCCUGGAGAUGCCCCGUACUGCACCCCGGAGCAGUACAAGGAGUGUGCAGAUCCUGCCUUGGAUUUCCUUGUUGAGAAAGACAAUGAUUACUGUGUGUGUGAGACCCCAUGCAAUAUGACUCGGUAUGGCAAAGAGCUGUCCUUUGUGAAGAUACCCAGCAAGGCAUCGGCUAAGUACCUCGCCAAGAAAUUCAACAAGACAGAACAGUACAUUGCUGAUAACAUUCUGGUUUUGGAUAUCUACUUUGAGGCACUGAACUAUGAAACCAUUGAACAAAAGAAAGCCUACGAACUGGCAGGCCUUCUGGGCGACAUCGGAGGUCAGAUGGGUCUCUUCAUAGGCGCCAGUAUCCUCACCGUUCUUGAGCUGUUUGACUACCUGUAUGAGGUGAUCAAGUACAAGCUGUGCAGAUGCAUGAAGAAGAAACACAAAGGCCGCAGCAGCAAUGAUCGGGGUGCUGUGCUGAGUCUGGAUGAUGUGAAACACCAUGCUCCUUGUGACAACCUGCGUACACCGUCUACAUAUCCCGGGAACAUGCUACCUCACCAUCCGGGCCAGGGCAACUUUGAAGACUUCACCUGCUGAGCAGACCUCAGCAAAGCAUCACCGUGCGUGUUAUGCAACCAAAGCCGACCGUACAGCAACGAACUUUCUGACGCACAGACAUUGAAGAGCUGAUGCUGAUGAACAAAAACAGAGGCAUUUUUUUUACAUAGAAACUGAGAAAGAAAAAUCAAUCAAUCAAACACGAUAAAGGAUUUUCAUCCAACGGCCAAGUAAAGAGAGAGCCCUGAAUAUUAAGAAGUAUAUUUUGAUCUUUAGAGAAACAUUUCACGCAGCGGUCCAAACUCUUUUGUGUUUUUCCUCUGGAAUACUGCCACAACAGAUACUGGCGGGGAAGGUUUGCCAACAACAGACUCUCUUACAGGAAUAAAGGAAAACAAGAAAAGAAAAAACAUCCAUGGUUACUGGAAAAUGUAUAGUAAUUUCACCGCAAACAGAAAAGAGCCUCCAUGCCUCUAUGUGACAGAGAAACAACACUGACCCCCUCCCCCACCUGCUUCUGUGACUAUCCUCAAAUUGCUUACUCCACUGUACAUGUAGCAACACAUGGAAAGGUUUGAGAAUGUAUCUCUGUUCAUGCCUGAUGGGGAAUGGGUGGAAAACGCAACAGCAGCACAGGUGCAACAUCUACCAUUUGAAAAUGUACUGGUGAAAAUUUCAGGUCUCAUCAUCACGGUAAUGCAUGCUUGUAUUUGUCCAGUGCAUGUUUUUUUUUUUUUUCAUUUUUACUUCUAGUUGAUUUUUAUGUCUUUAUAUAAUAAACAUAUAUAAAUAUAUAAAUAUACAUUUACAUUGUAAUUACCAGGUCUGCCUCAGUGAUAAGCCGGUAAGAGGAAGAUGAUUUGUUUCGUAUAUUUCCGUGUUUUGCUUAUGUGUGUGUGUGUGUGUGUGUGUGUGUGUGUGUGUGUGUGUGUGUGUGUGUGUGUGUGUGUGUGUGUGUGUGUGUGUGUGUGUGUGUGUGUGUGUGUGAAGUGUGUGUGUAGGGUGUCAAACAUAAUGCCCAACCAGACGAGUGUUUAAUUGUGCAACUCUCAAUUUUUUGUUAACUUUUUCACAUGUGCCAGAUGAGUUGAAGAAUCUUUGCUCAUCUUCAUUUAUGCUUCUACUGACCUCGAUGAGAGGUGAUUUAAAAAAAAAAAGACAAAAAAGAAUUAUUUUUUUAUUUUGGUUCUCGUCUGAACUUUUUAUUCAUGAAUUACUUGCGGUUCUGUAGGGCUGUUAGGAACUUUCUGUAUCUGUGUUCUAGUUGCAAAGUCUUACUGAAGCACAAUAUCGCAAGUACGUAAAGGUGAUAUAAAAGAAAACGUACUAUUCUUGAUAUGUCAUGUUUUUAAAUUUUUGUUUACUUUUCUUUUCAUUCUUUCAUGUCAAACUUAUUUAGUUCCAUCUGACUGUCUCAAUCCAUUCAGGUUUAGAGGCCUGUCUAUUUAGUUAUUGAUGCAUAAAUAAACUGUAACUAUCAUUUUUGAAAUUUGUCUUGGGAGGAUUUCUUCUCAGUAGCAAAUUUACUUUCAGAAGCGUUUAUAUGCUCGAGCGAACAGAGGCAAAAUAAUGUAUUUUUCAUCACCAAAUAGAGUGAGAACAUUCAUUUUUAAUCACAAGUAGCUCUUGGAAAAUCAGAUUAAGCGUCAUCAGGGGCUACUUCUAAUCAUGUAAUCUGGAGUCUUGGCUUACCCAACACUUUCUUUUAAAAUAAGUCAGCAUUAAGGGGAAAAAAGCGUUUAAGGGCAGGAAUGUGGUACCAAGCAAGAUAUUGCUUAUCUCUAUCAACCAUUCAUUUGAAAUGCUGCAAGCCACAAUGUUGGUGUUUUUCCAGCUCUUGCUGUUAAAGCGUAAUCACACUUUCAGUAGUUAGAUGACAAAAGGACGGAUGGGAAAUAUCUUGCACUGCCAGAUUAAGUUUGAUCAAGACUGUUAAUCAACCAGCAGCUCAAAAUUCUGGGUGGCAUCUCGUGUUUUUUAUGGUACAUGUAGUGCUGCCAACUGGUGCACAUGUAGCAGGGUUAUUUUUCCCUUUCUGUGAUGCAUGACUUUGUGAAUAUUAGAAACAAAAAUUGUGUUUGCUGCUGAGUCUGAGGCGCAUCGGUCCACGCAGUGGGUCAUCCGAAGAGGAGAGUGGUCGUUUUGCCUUAUAAUUCUUUCAUGAUUUCUAUUAGCGGAGGUGGCACACAUUCAGUGUUGCUCAUCAGAAGUGAGAGAACAUUCAUUUUUUAUUAGUUCACACGAGAAGCCUCUGCUGGUAGCCACACAAGCUUAAAACUUCACAUAAAGAAUCUCUUUUGUCUGUUGAAGACUUGACUGUGUUUAAUGUGCGAAACGUGACUUUUCCCCACUAAUGGUUUUAUGAUUUUGUGCUGUACCUGCCGAGAAGACAAAUUAAUUAAGAAAUAAAGAGCGAAGGUGUUCAUUU